AUGGCUUCAAGACCUCAAGGAUUCGGAUUGACUCGAGAAUUGGCGCUCAAAACUGCCGGGAAAUAUUCUGAUUCGGAUGAGUCUGAAAUCAUCGCCUGGUUCUCCGACCUAGGAAUCAGCUCGGGCCCAGAUGCCCGAGGCAUGGACGGCUUCCAAGAGUGGCUCAAAGACGGGACAAUCUUGUGCGCGUUGAUUAACACACUCGCCCCGGGCACUGUCAAAAAGAUUCACAACACCAAAACUGUCAAGCUACAAGCUCUCCGAAUGAACAAAGAAUAUGAAAACAUCUCCUUCUUCCUCGAUGGAUGCACCAAAUAUGGACUCGAAAAAUCUGACUUAUUCCAGACUGUUGAUUUAUACGAAGGCUGCAAUCUCCCACAAGUCCAAAUGACCGUCUUUAAACUCGGCGGAAUGGCCCAAAAGAAGAACUUUGCCGGUCCAGCUAUUGGAGUAAAAGUCGCGAACAAAAAUGCUAGAAACUUUACCGACGAGCAGCUUCGCCAAGGCCAAAGCAUCAUCGGACUCCAGAUGGGGACAAACGAAGGCGCCUCUCAAGCCGGCAUGAAUCCUUACGGCCAAACCCGCCAAAUUUACAACGCAAGGGAAGCUAAAGAUCUGGAAAAGAAAGGAUAUGCUUAUGGAUCUCGAUUCGCUGGUUCUCUUUCUACUGUCAACUCUGAAAACAACUAA